AUGUCAGACACGUGCUACGCCUUCGUGGAAUUUGAAACCAUCCGAGCAGCUGAAGAUGCCGUCGCCUGUCGCCAUGGCUACCUCUACCGAGGUCGCUCGCUUCGCGUGGAGUUCACCGCACAGCCUUCGCGCCGUGCUGGAUCUGGAGUGAAUCCCAACACGAUUCCUACCGGCAGUUUCGGCGGCGGCUCGGCUGGACCGCCUCGGCGAACCGGACACCGCGUGCUCGUCUCCUUUCUUCCUCCUGGCUGUCGCUGGCAGCACUUGAAAGACCACAUGCGAAAGGCGGGUCCGGUCGGGUUUGCAGAAGUCCUCUCGCAAGGUCGCGGCGUCGUCGAGUACGAACACCCGGAAGAUCUCCAGUACGCAGUUCGCUCUCUGGACAAAACUGAGCUACGCGUCGACGGCAGAGGGUCCAUCAUCAAGGUCGAGAAAGACUACAGCGCGCGUGAUUAUGACAGAGGGUACUCGUCGCCGCGCUACAGCUCUCGGAGCCGCAGUCGAGGUUACCGGUCAUCGUCCUACAGACGGGGCAGCAGCGAUGCGAGCAGUCGGUACAGCCGAGAUGAGAGAGACGCGAGAAGCGACAAGGACGAGCGACGCGCCCGCCGGAGCGGCCGCGCAAGUUCCUCGGAGCGAGACGGCAGUCGCGAGAGAGAGGAAGAGACGAGGAAGAAGAAAGAGGAGGACGAAGACGAGGAGGCUCUGUUGAGAGAGAGAGAGACGACGACGAACGAGCAGGGAGAAGAGGAGGCUCUGCAGACAGUGAGAGAAGAGGAGACCGAGACAGGAGAAGAAGAGACAUCUCCAUGGGCAGAGGAAGAGACGAAGAAGAAGAAAGAGGAGGACGAAGACGAGGAGGCUCUGUUGAGAGAGAGAGAGACGACGACGAACGAGCAGGGAGAAGACGGGGAGGAUCUGUCGACAAUGAGAGAAGAGGAGACCGAGACAGGAGAAGAAGAGACAUCUCCAUGGGCAGAGGAAGAGACGAAGAAGAAGAAAGAGGCGGAACGAGACGGGGAGGCUCUGUUGAGAGAGAGAGAGACGACGACGAACGAGCUGGGAGAAGACGGGGAGGAUCUGUCGGCAGCGAACGUGAAGGAGACGAACGACCAGGGAGACGAAGAGGCUCUGUAG